AUGGCGACUUCAUCGGAAGAUUCAUCUAUUCAAUCUAUGCAUGGUCGUGCUGGUAAUAGUACUUGGAAAUUACCACGCCUUAUAGCAUCAUGUAACCAAAAAGCACGACCAGAUGUUGAUGGUGAAAUUGAUGCGAGUGAAUAUCUCGAUAGCGAUAAAGUACUUGAUGCUAAACUCGAUGCAGUUGUAUCGUUGAUUCGACAAAGUCAUCAGUUCGUUGUUUAUACAGGUGCUGGCAUUUCAACAUCAGCUGGUAUUGGUGAUUAUGCAUCGAAAGCAUCGAAUUCAAUAGUUAUGCGUGAAACAAGUGUCAAUCGUUUGAAAGCUAUACCAACAUUGAGCCAUCAUGUGCUUGUUGCACUUGAAAAGAAAAAGCUCCUCAAACAUUGGGUACAACAGAAUCACGAUGGCCUUGCACAACGUGCUGGAUAUCCACAAGAAAAAUUGAAUGAAAUUCAUGGUUCAUGGUUUGAUAAGAAGAAUCCUGUUGUUUUAAUGGAUGAUCAUCUUAAAUCUGAUUUGCACGAAUGGUUGCUAGAAUGGGCAAAAAAAUGUGAUCUCGUACUUGCUAUGGGAUCAUCUAUGUGUGGCAUGGCAGCAGAUAGAAUUGCGACUAGUGUAACUAAACGAGAAGGAACGCUUGGUUUAAUUAUUAUAAAUCUACAAAAAACACCGCAUGAUCAUCUUGCAGCAAUUAGAAUUUUCGCACCAUGCGAUAAAGCAAUGGCGCUAUUAGCGAAGAAAAUGAAAUUACAAAUUCCGAAACAAUUUUAA